AUGCUGUCUGGAUGGCCGACUUACACCCUCAAUUUUAUGCCAGAACGCCCAGGCCCAUUGAAAAUUAUACUACGGUUGAAGGAUGCUGUAGAGUUCAGGGUGAUCGAAGAUAAAGAUAGUGAUGACGAAGCCAGUGGACAAGCCAAGAGUGACUUACAGUCCGUUACUGAGGAGGAUCCAGACACUACGAUGGUCUGUGAGCCAACACUGGCAGCCCAAACAUGCCUCAGUGCAUCAGCGCAAAGCCUGUCGUGCUGCACAGUUGUCCCCAAGGAUCCUCCCAGUAUUGUCCAUACAUGGAAGAAAUUCCAGGACAAGCACAGUGAUAUGUGGCCUCCCCUGCCGUGGGUUCAGGGAGAGCUGUACCACAAUGCGGAUCACUCAAAUUGA